CCUUCCCUCGCCGACAUGGAGCCGGGAGGAGCCCCGCCCGGCCGCCUGCCCACCAAGCGCCGCCCGCCCGGCCCCUCGCCGCCCCAGCCCGGCCCCUCGGCCCCCAGCCCGGCCCUCCGGCCCGACCCCACGCGGCUCUUCGAGGACACCAGCGCCGGCGCCGCCUUCCUGGCCCAGCCCGUCUCCAGCUUCGCCGCCGCCUACGGGAGCAGCCUGGCCAGCCAGGGCAAGGAGAUCGUGGGCAGGAACAUUGACCGCUUUGUCCCCGUGACCAAGCUGAAGUACUACUUUGCUGUGGACACCGUCUAUGUGGGCAGGAAGCUGGGGCUGCUCCUCUUCCCCUUCCUGCACCAGGACUGGCAGGUGCAGUACCAGCAGGACACCCCCGUGGCCCCCCGCUUUGACGUCAACGCUCCCGACCUCUACAUUCCAGUCAUGGCGUUCAUCACCUACAUCCUGGUGGCAGGGCUGGCGCUGGGGACCCAGAACAGAUUCUCCCCCGACCUGCUGGGCUUGCAGGCGAGCUCAGCCCUGGCCUGGCUCAUUGUCGAGGUGCUGGCCAUUCUCCUCAGCCUCUACCUGGUCACCGUCAACACGGACCUCUCCACCAUUGACCUGGUGGCCUUCUCAGGGUACAAGUACGUUGGGAUGAUUGUCGGCCUCCUGGCUGGGCUGCUCUUUGGGAAGACGGGUUAUUACCUGCUGCUGAGCUGGUGCUGCGUCACAAUCUUUGUCUUCAUGAUCAGGACCCUGCGCCUGAAGAUCCUGUCGGAGGCAGCGGCCGAGGGGGUGCUGGUGCGGGGAGCCAAGAACCAGCUGCGCAUGUACCUGACCAUGGCUGUGGCCGGCCUGCAGCCGCUCAUCAUGUACUGGCUCACCUUCCACCUCAUCUACUGACGGACGGGUCUGCCAAGGGGGCAGGGCAGGGGUCCUCACUCCUGGUGGGGGGUCUGUGUGGCAGGCUGGACACAGACCACUGUGGCUCUGGCUUUAGUGACCUCGGGGUGGGUGGAUGUUGUCAGGGGUGGGUGGGCAGCAGGAGCCUGUUUGUAGAUGGGGGGGGAGGCUCCGCUCAGUUCCCUCUGCUUGGGGGGCCGCAUCCUUUUCCCACCCCCCCUUUGCAUGCCAGAGCCCUUGUGAUCACUGCACACCACUGGAGAGCGCAUGGCGUUCUCCACCCGUGCGCCAGGUUUUGCUGCUUGCGAGCAACUCAGUAUUACUACGGGGGGCAGGGGGAGGCUGCCGGGGGGGGUCAUGGAGCAGCUGCCCCCCCCAGCCCACAAGCUGCUUGCUUCUCUGUUCAACUUCACAGCCUUUGGUGCUGUACACACAACACCAGCCCAAUAAAGAAUGAAACCUGCA